CCCGGCGGAGCGCACUGCGGGUCGCUGCGCGCGCUGCGACCCUGGGGCCGGCACACGAGUGGCUUCGGUGAACUGGGAGAGCGCUGCUAGCUUAGGCCGUCUGCCCUCCGCUGUUGGAACCCCCUACAUCCCACCAUGACUGGGCUACUGAAGAGGAAGUUCGACCAGCUGGAAGAGGACGACUCCAACUCCUCCUCGUUCUCUGGCCGGCUAUCUCGGCUAUCUCGCUCCUCUUUCCCCGCCUCUUCUGCCUCCCCUGUCUGGAACUCUGAUGUGGAGGGACCGGGUGGUCAGGCACCCCAGCCUGAUCAGGACUCCUCUGGCCACCAGAGUUUCACUCCCCCGUCCAUCCUGAAGCGGGCUCCUCGGCAGCGUCCAGGUCACGUGGCCUUUAAUGGCAUCACCGUCUACUACUUCCCACGGUGCCAGGGAUUCACCAGUGUGCCCAGCCGUGGUGGCUGUACCCUGGGCAUGGCUUCUCGUCACAGCACCUGCCGCCUUUUCUCCUUAGCUGAGUUUACACAGGAGCAGGUCCGGGCUCGGCGUGAGAAGCUCCGCCGUCGUUUAAAGGAGGAGAAACUGGAGAUGCUGAGGUGGAAGUUUUCAGUGGCUGGAGUUCCGGAGACAGGGGCAGGCGUGCCUCUCACAGUGGAUGCCAUUGAUGACGCCUCUGUAGAGGAGGACUUGGCAGUGGCCGUGGCAAGUGGCCGCCUGGAGGAAGCCAAUUUCCUACAGCCCCAUCCACCUCGUCAGCGAAGGGCCCUCCUUCGGGCUUCCGGCGUUCGAAGGAUUGACCGAGAGGAGAAGCGGGAGCUGCAGGUGCUGCGUCAAUCCCGGGAAGAUUGUGGUUGUCACUGUGAUGGCGUCUGUGACCCUGAGACCUGCAGUUGCAGCCUGGCCGGCAUUAAGUGCCAGAUGGAUCACACAUCCUUCCCCUGUGGCUGCUGCAGCGAGGGCUGUGAGAACCCCAAUGGUCGAGUGGAAUUCAAUCAGACAAGAGUUCAGACGCACUUCAUCCACACGCUCACCCGCCUGCAGAUGGAGCAGGGUGCCGAGAACUUGGGGGACCUGGAGUCCCCCGUGAAGGACACUCCUGUUGAACAAGCCCUGCUUUCCCCCUUUCCACCUUCCAAGUCCCCUGUGAGCAGUGAGCUGGGGGACAGCAGCUGCAGCAGCGACAUGACAGAUUCUUCCACGACCUCGUCUUCUGGCAGCAGCGAGCCUCCGAACCACCCUCCCCACCCCAGCCUGCCAGGUCCCAGCUUCCGGUCUGGCGUAGAUGAAGAUAGUCUGGAACAGAUCCUGAAUUUCAGUGACUCUGAUCUCGGAAUUGAGGAAGAGGAGGAGGAGGGAGGGGGUGUGGGCAACUUGGAUAACCUCAGCUGCUUCCAUCUGGCUGACAUCUUUGGUACCGGUGACCCCGGCAGCCUGGCCAGCUGGACUCACAGCCAGUCUGGCUCUAGCCUCGCGUCGGGCAUCCUAGAUGAGAAUGCCAACCUGGACGCCAGCUGCUUCCUCAACAGCGGAUUUGGAGGGCUGCGAGAAGCUAGCCUCCCUGGCAGUUCUGGGUCCCCUGAGGGGGAGGCAGUCCAGAGCAGCUCCUGGGACCUCAGCUUAUCCUCUUGUGACUCUUUUGAGCUUCUCCAGGCUCUGCCAGAUUAUAGUCUGGGACCUCACUAUACUUCCCGAAGGGUGUCGGGCAGCACGGAUAGCCUUGAGACCUUCCACCCUUUGCCCAGCUUCUCUCCACCAAGGGAUGCAAGCACUUGCUUCCUGGAGUCUCUCAUGGGCCUGUCUGAGCCGGUUACAGAUGUCCUGGCACCCCUUCUGGAGAGCCAGUUUGAGGAUGCUGCCUUGGCACCUUUGUUGGAGCCUGUGCCAGUGUAAGGAUUAAGGUGCCUUCUUCCUGCCCCGAGACCCUGUUUCUGCUCGUUAUGUGAUCUUGGGGUUCCCCAAGGUCUAUGUAUGUAACGGUCUCCCACGGGCUGGUCCUGCUCACGGUGCCGUGUGGGCACCCUCUAUUUUUACAUUAACACUCUGAAUUUAUUUAUUUUUUUAUGUUUUUCUGUACUGAAGGGAGGGUGGGGAGGGUACCCCUCUUUCAAUGCCUGGUCUCUUUAUGUCCAAACAGUUCUUCCACCUCCUACUGUAUGCCUGAAGGAGGAAGGGGCAGGGGCUCUCUGGAGCCUCUCAUUCCCCUCUUUCUGUACUGUAAGAUGCUCCUUGCUCCAAAGACAGCGCCAGCUGAGCGCAGGGCCUUAGGGGCUUCCUGUGAACUACAGGAGCUAGGUCUUCAGGACUGUGAAGAUGUAAUUUAUUUCUGUAAUUUAUUUGGGGACGGAGACGGUAGUAGUUGAGCCUCUCUGGCAGGUGGGCAGUGUUGGGGCCGAGUCUUCGGUGUACCCUGCCAGUCUGGGCUUCGGUGUGGUGUGUGGGUUCCAGCUUGUGGCUGCUCUAUCAAACAGCGGCCUGGCUCAGCUGAGCGGACAGAGGCUGUGCUUGGCCAGUGGUGACCCAAACCCCUUCUGCCCCUGCCCCCUGCCCGGACACUCUACUUGCCCUCUUUCCAGUUCCCUCUCCCCAAGGCCAUGGGUUAUAAAGCCCCUCUGUAGGAUGGUGAGCCAGAGGCCCUAAGAGGGGAUGAAACACACCGUGAUCUCUGUCUCAGGCCUUUCUGGGCACUGACUCGACCCUGGCCCACCACACGCCCCCAGGCCAGUUGGCAAAGGGUGGCUCUUGAGGGCUCUUACCGCCCUUCAUUAGCUGAUGUUGGAUUUUAUAUGCAUUUUUUUAUUGUCUCUAAGUGUCAGAACUAUAAUUUAUUCAUUUCUUUGUGUGUGUGUAUGUGUCUGUGUGCCAAGAAACUCAGGCUCUGGGCCUGCCUCCUUGCCCAGGAGGCCUUGCCAGCCUGUGUGCUUGUGGGAACACAUUGUACCUGAGCUGACAGGUACCAAUAAAGAUGCUCUAUUUUUAA